AUGUCUUACUGGAGAGAUUUACCCUACGAAGAACAAUGGGGCUUCAAGGAUAGCAGGCGCCUGUACUGGGUUGAGAAGCACAUGCUGAAUCUAAUGAACCUGAGGAAGUACAAGGGUGCUCUUCUCCUAGGCACACGACUGCUGGAGAGAGCGCAUGAGCUUAUGCCUCUUCUUGGAGCGUCUGUGUGCCGCUUGACAUAUCGCGUUGUGUAUUGCCAAUGCAUGCUCGACAAGGUGGACGAUGCCGAAAGAACUGUGUGUCAACUACUUGGACUGCCAUCACACGACAAAUACGGAGAUGACACUACCCGGGCCUAUCUGCUGUAUACGCUGUAUGAGCUUGCGGUAGUGCUGCAACGCAAUGGCAGAGCCGUGGAAGCUGAAGGCGUGUACAGAUUCAACAUACAGUCAGCGAAGCUCUACGACGUCAAGAACUUGAGCGGCACUGAAAAGUAUGACAGCUGGCGUGACUACCUACAAUUGGUCAUGUGUCUCGUUGAGCAAGGAAAAGCGCUGGAAGCCAGAAAACUCAAGGAAGAAUAUGAGUAUGAGAACCCAGACAAAGAGUUUGCGAACUCGAUCAUCCAAAACAGCUGGACGGCCUUUCGACAAUCGAAGGAAUUGUACGAGAGAGCAAUCGAGGCCGAGAAAAGUGGAACAGCUUUGGAGUUCAAAGCAGCUGUUGAUUUAGCUGGAACUCGGCCAGCAUUGAAGCGGGCGGUAAAAUGGUUCGGAAGCCCAAAGCAUCGGCUCGAAGAGGGGCGGGACUUCGAGAGCGACAUCGAUUUACACCACAUCGGCCGGGCGAGGAAUAGCCGUCUUCUUCAGCUUCUGAAUUUUCCCCUCGUCUACCUGGCCUUCGUCGAUAGACGCUCCGGUGCUCUAGGCUACGAUUGGCAGAACACCGAGUUUCUGUGGGCCAAUCUCCGACAAAGCGUUCUUGGGCAAUAUUGGAAAUGGUGUGAGUGUAGGAGGAAGAGACGACGCAGCCAAAGCAUCCAUGAAUCAGAUGAGCCUGUUGUCAAGCGAAAAGGUGACAACGACGGCUCCGAACGGAGGCUGAAACAGAAACCCAUCACAGACUGGACAAUAAGAAUGCCAGAUAUGAGCAAGGCUAUCCCAGAAAACUGCGGCCCCUCUUGUCCAUGCAUUGAAGCCAACAAACGGGGUCUGCUGGAGACAUCUGCGCUGGAAUCGAAACUCUUCUUAUGGAAAGAGCCGACACGAGAAUAUCGCAAAUCAAAAAGUCAAUACAGAUUCCGGAACGCUAAACCAAGCCGAUCUCCGAUCCCCCGAGAAGAAUUAUUUACCCUCCUCCAACCUAAUACUUGGUUCUGGAUCCAGCCUGAAUUUGCAAAUGGAGAGAGCGAGGGGGAGAAUUAUAUCAUUCCACGAGCGACUGAGAUUCCUGGAAUAGCCAUCACGCCCCCGGAUGGUCAAGUGGAUCUUCUGCCACUCGCCGCUGAUCCGCAAGAGAGAGUGACAAAGUAUUACAAGAGGGACUAUGCGGCAGACUUUGCUCGUCUCUUGGAGAAGCAUGAGCGCGGGUGUUAUAGACCGACACGGUUAGAUGACAUCUUGGAGGACGACGAAGAGGAGGAAAAAUAG